AUGACUGCUGAGGUGAUGGUGGUGGACGGGAGCCCCUUCCUGUGCAAGGUCCUGAAAGGUGACUUUCAGACAGUCCCACAGGAGCUUCUGACCGCAGCCGGGGUCAGGAUCCAGGAGUGGCCGCUGGAAGCCUGGUUUGGGGCGACCGUGGCCAUCGGCCUGACUAUCUUUGUACUCUCCAUUGUCACCAUCAUCGUCUGCUUCACUUGUUCCUGCUGCUGUUUGUACAAGAUGUGCCGCCGACCCCGUCCGGUUGUGACCACCACCACAGCCACUACUGUGGUGCAUACCCCUUACCCUCAGCCUCCGAGCGUGCCACCCAGCUAUCCUGGACCGACAUACCAGGGGUACCAUUCUGUGCCCUCCCAGCCAGGGAUGCCGGUAGCACCUUACCAGAUGCAGUAUCCACCACCCUACCCAGCCCAGCCCAUGGGCCCACCAGCCUACCACGAGACAUUAGCUGGAGGUGCAGCUAUGCCCUACCCUGCCAGCCAGCCUCCUUACAACCCAGCCUACAUGGAUCCCCCAAAGGCAGUUCCCUGA